AUGGAGUCACUCCUGCUGCCGGUGCUACUGCUGUUGGCUGUGCUAUGGACACAGGCGGCCGCCCUCAUUAACCUCAAGUACUCGGUAGAAGAGGAGCAGCGCGCCGGGACGGUGAUCGCCAAUGUGGCCAAGGACGCGCGCGAGGCGGGCUUCGCACUGGACCCACGGCAGGCCUCUGCCUUCCGUGUGGUGUCCAACUCGGCUCCGCACCUGGUGGACAUCAACCCCAGCUCGGGCUUGUUGGUCACCAAGCAGAAGAUCGACCGUGACCUGCUGUGCCGCCAGAGCCCCAAGUGCAUCAUCUCACUCGAGGUCAUGUCCAGCUCAAUGGAGAUUUGCGUGAUUAAGGUGGAGAUCAAGGACCUUAAUGACAACGCUCCCAGCUUCCCGGCGGCACAGAUUGAGUUGGAGAUCUCGGAGGCGGCCAGCCCCGGCACGCGCAUCCCGCUGGACAGCGCUUAUGAUCCGGACUCGGGCAGUUUCGGCGUGCAGACCUAUGAGCUGACUCCGAAUGAGCUAUUUGGCCUGGAGAUCAAGACUCGCGGUGACGGCUCACGCUUCGCUGAACUCGUGGUGGAGAAGAGUCUGGAUCGCGAGACGCAGUCGCACUACAGCUUUCGCAUCACUGCGCUCGACGGCGGCGACCCGCCGCACCUGGGCACUGUUGGCCUCAGCAUCAAAGUGACCGACUCCAAUGACAACAACCCGGUGUUUGGCGAGUCCACCUAUUCAGUGAGCGUGCCAGAGAACUCACCUCCCAACACUCCCGUCAUCCGUCUCAACGCUACCGACCCAGACGAAGGCACCAAUGGCCAGGUGGUCUACUCAUUUUACGGCUACGUCAAUGACCGCACUAGAGAGCUCUUCCAGAUCGACCCGCACAGCGGCCUGGUCACCGUCACCGGUGCCCUAGACUAUGAAGAGGGCCACGUUUAUGAACUGGACGUGCAGGCCAAGGAUCUGGGGCCCAACUCCAUCCCGGCACACUGCAAGGUCACCGUCAGCGUUCUGGACACCAACGACAACCCGCCGGUCAUCAACCUGCUGUCGGUUAACAGCGAGCUGGUGGAGGUGAGCGAGAGCGCCCCCCCGGGCUACGUGAUUGCACUAGUGCGGGUGUCUGAUCGAGACUCUGGCCUCAAUGGGCGCGUGCAGUGCCGUUUGCUGGGCAACGUGCCCUUUCGGCUGCAGGAGUACGAGAGCUUCUCCACUAUCCUGGUGGACGGACGCCUGGACCGCGAGCAGCAUGACCAGUACAACCUUACCAUCCAGGCGCGCGACGGCGGCGUGCCCAUGCUGCAGAGUGCCAAGUCCUUUACCGUGCGCAUCACAGACGAGAACGACAACCACCCGCACUUCUCCAAGCCCUACUACCAGGUCAUUGUGCAGGAAAACAACACACCCGGUGCCUAUCUGCUCUCGGUGUCGGCCCGAGACCCCGACCUGGGUCUCAAUGGCAGUGUUUCCUAUCAGAUCGUGCCGUCACAGGUGCGAGACAUGCCUGUCUUCACCUAUGUCUCCAUCAACCCCAACUCAGGUGAUAUCUAUGCGCUGCGAUCCUUCAACCAUGAGCAGACCAAGGCAUUUGAAUUCAAGGUGCUGGCCAAGGACGGCGGCCUGCCCUCGCUGCAGAGCAAUGCCACUGUUCGGGUUAUCAUCCUCGACGUCAAUGACAAUACCCCAGUCAUCACCGCCCCACCGCUCAUCAACGGCACUGCGGAAGUCUACAUCCCCCGCAACUCGGGCAUAGGCUACCUGGUGACAGUUGUCAAAGCAGAUGACUACGACGAGGGCGAGAACGGCCGGGUCACCUAUGACAUGACAGAGGGCGACCGCGGUUUCUUUGAAAUAGACCAGAUCAAUGGCGAGGUCAGAACCACUCGCACCUUCAGCGAGAGCUCCAAGGCUUCCUACGAGCUUAUUGUGGUGGCCCACGACCACGGCAAGACGUCUCUUUCUGCCUCUGCGCUCGUCCUAAUCUACCUGUCCCCUGCUCUCGACGCCCAAGAAUCAAUGGGCUCGGUGAACUUGUCCCUGAUUUUCAUUAUCGCCCUGGGCUCCAUUGCUGGAAUCCUCUUUGUCACUAUGAUCUUCGUGGCGAUCAAGUGCAAGAGAGACAACAAAGAGAUCCGGACCUACAACUGCAGAAUCGCUGAGUACUCCUAUGGUCAUCAAAAGAAAUCAAGCAAGAAGAAAAAAAUCAGUAAGAAUGACAUCCGCCUGGUACCCCGGGAUGUGGAGGAGACAGACAAGAUGAAUGUUGUCAGUUGCUCCUCCCUGACCUCCUCCCUCAACUAUUUCGACUACCACCAGCAGACCCUUCCUCUGGGCUGCCGCCGCUCUGAGAGCACUUUCCUGAACGUGGAGAACCAGAAUACCCGCAAUACCAGCGCCAACCACAUCUACCAUCACUCUUUCAACAGCCAGGGCCCCCAGCAACCAGACCUGAUCAUCAAUGGCAUGCCUCUGCCUGAGACUGAAAAUUAUUCCUUUGACUCCAACUACGUGAACAGCCGAGCCCAUUUAAUCAAAAGCAGCUCCACCUUCAAGGACUUAGAGGGCAACAGCCUAAAGGAUAGCGGCCAUGAGGAGAGUGACCAGACCGACAGUGAACAUGAUGUCCAGCGAAGCCUGUAUUGUGACACUGCUGUCAAUGAUGUGCUGAACACCAGUGUGACCUCCAUGGGAUCUCAGAUGCCUGACCAUGAUCAGAAUGAAGGAUUUCAUUGCAGGGAAGAAUGCCGGAUUCUUGGCCACUCUGACAGGUGCUGGAUGCCCCGGAACCCCAUGCCCACCUGCUCCAAGUCCCCUGAGCAUGUGAGGAACAUCAUCACGCUGUCCAUUGAAGCUACUGCUGCUGAUGUUGAAGCUUAUGACGACUGCGGCCCCACCAAGCGGACUUUCGCAACCUUUGGAAAGGAUGUCAGCGACCACCCAGCUGAGGAGAGACCCACCCUGAAAGGGAGAAGGACUGUUGAUGUGACCAUCUGCAGCCCCAAGGUCAACAGUGCUAUCCGGGAGGCAGGCAAUGGCUGUGAGGCUAUUAGCCCUGUCACUUCCCCUCUGCAUCUCAAGAGCCCUCUGCCUACCAAGCCUUCUGUGUCUUACACUGUUGCCCUGGGACCCCCGGCCCGUGAUCUGGAGCAGUAUGUCAACAGUGGUCCUUCUCGUCCCUCUGAAGCUGAACCCCAUGGAGCUGAUGGCGAGAAAGUCGUGCAUGAGGUCAACCCCAUUCUGAAGGAAGGUCGAGACAAAGAGUCUCCUGGUGUGAAGCGUUUGAAGGAUAUCAUUCUCUAA